AAAUUAAGAAGAAGAUAAGAACUUGUUAUGAAUGUGUGGCGUAUACAGGUAUUUGGGUACACUUUGGUAUGCAUAUAUAAAUCCUAUAUAUGGUCCUUAAUUAUUUCACUUUGAAUUUGUAACAGAGGACAGAGGAGUUAUUGCUACUGGCUAGUGAAUAGUGGUUUCAGUUAUAUUUAAACUUCAAAAUUAUAAUAAGUUAAGUCCUGUCAGAUCAAUAACUCAUUUAAGUUUUCAUAUUUCAAAAAUAAUUGACUGAUUUCAAAACUAAUUGACUGAAAGUAGAAAUGAGUCGUCGAAGGCCCCAUGAUGAUGAUGAUGGCUAUGACCGAGCAUAUAGAAAAAGGCGAAGGGUAUCAGAGAAUCAAGAAAUUGAAGAUAGACUGGAAUCUCUUAUAUUAAGAGUUGGAGAAAAAAGUACGUCUUCCUUAGAAAGUAACUUGGAAGGGUUAGCUAGUGUUCUUGAGGCUGACCUUUCCACAUUCCGUGCAAAAAUUUUGAGGAUCCUCACAGAUUGUGCUAUCAAAAUGCCAGAAAAAUGUACAAUUUAUACUACACUUGUUGGUUUGUUGAAUGCAAAGAAUUUUAACUUCGGAGGUGAAUUUGUAGAAUACAUGGUCAAGACUUUCAAAGAAUCUCUGAAAAAUUGUAAGUGGGAUCCAGCUAGAUAUGCCCUAAGGUUCUUGGCAGAUUUAGUGAACUGUCAUGUUAUAUCAGCAAUGUCUUUACUGCAGCUUCUGGAUAAUAUGAUAGAUACUGCAAAUGAAGACAAUGUUCCUCAAGUCAGAAGAGAUUGGUAUGUCUUUGCGAUUCUGAGCACCUUGCCCUGGGUUGGUAGAGAAUUAUAUGAAAAAAAAGAAAAAUCACUGGAACACCUUAUGGUACAAAUUGAAGUAUUUCUCAAUAAACGAACAAAAAAACAUCACAAUGCCUUGAGGGUUUGGGCAGUUGACACUCCUCAUCCACAGGAAGAGUAUCUUGAUUGCCUUUGGGCUCAGGUACGAAAAUUGCGACAGGACAACUGGGCUGAAAAGCAUAUACCCCGACCCUACUUAGCUUUCGAUUCUAUUUUAUGUGAAGCUUUACAGCAUAAUUUGCCUUCCAUUUUACCUCCACCUCACCAUGAUAGCUACCAAUAUCCGAUGCCAUGGGUAGUAUUCAGACUUUUCGACUACACAGAUUGUCCAGAGGGUCCCAUACUGCCAGGAGCUCAUUCAAUUGAAAGAUUUCUCAUCGAAGAACACUUACAUUCUAUUAUAGAACUUUAUCAUUUAGAGAGGAAGGACUGUGCAGCUCAUCUUCUAAAUUUUCCUUACAAGUUGAAAAUUCCAUUGGAAUACUGCAUUGUAGAAGUCAUUUUUGCAGAACUCUUACACAUGCCAACACCAAGAUAUAUUGAAAUUUCGUAUGGAGCAAUUUUGAUUGAAUUAUGUAAACUACAGCCUUCAACAAUGCCUCAGGUCUUAGCACAAGCGACUGAAAUGCUAUUUAUGAGAAUUGAUACAAUGAACGUGUCUUGCUUUGAUAGAUUCGUUAAUUGGUUUUCCUAUCAUUUAAGUAAUUUCCAGUUCAGAUGGUCAUGGGAGGAAUGGGAUUCGUGUUUGAAUCUGGAUGAGGAUCAUCCAAAACCAAAAUUCAUCAGAGAAACAAUGCUUAAAUGUAUGAGGUUGUCAUAUUACCAGCGAAUAAGAGAAAUUUUACCAGAAAGUUUCUCAAAGUUCAUACCUGAAAAAGCCGAACCAGACUACAAGUAUGCUCACGAAGGAGCUGCAAGUCUACCCGGUACUUCAGCCGCCCUUCAAUUGGUUGUCUCCAUUCGACAGAAAUGUACUCCCGAAGAAGUGCUCGCCGUCCUCAAAGACCUUCCCAACCCACGUUCUGAGGAAGAGGGCGACGGUCGUUUCAAUCCGCUGAAAAUCGACGUCUUCGUCCAAACUCUACUGAACCUAGGUUCAAAAAGUUUUUCACAUAGUUUCGCAGCAAUAUCGAAGUUUCACUACGUGUUUAAAAUAUUAGCAGAAUCGGAGGAGGCUCAGAUCUGUAUUUUGCGAAAUGUUUUCGAAUUGUGGCACAACCACCAGCAAAUGAUGACUGUUUUAAUUGAUAAGAUGUUGAAAACGCAAAUAGUGGAGUGUUCAGCGGUGGCAAAUUGGAUCUUCUCCAAAGAGAUGAAUGUUGAAUUCACCAAAAUGUAUCUGUGGGAAAUUCUCCAUUUGACGAUAAAGAAAAUGAACAAGCAUGUUAUUAAAUUAGGCGAUGAGUUGACUGAAUCUAGGGAAAAAUUAGCUAGAGCGGAAUCUAGUGAUAGUGAUUCUGAUGAUGAUGAAUCAAAAAAGAAACAAGGUGACUCAGAAAAACCUACCGAGGAAAUGGUAGAGAGGAUGGAAGAAAAGUUAGAAGCAGCUCAGGCUGAUCAGAAAAAUUUAUUUCUCAUAAUAUUUCAGAGAUUUAUUAUGAUUUUAUCUGAACAUUUGGUCCGUUGUGAUACUGAUGGAAAAGAUUACAGCACACAUUGGUACACCUGGACAAUUGGUAGACUGCAACAAGUGUUCUUAGCACACCAUGAGCAAGUUCAAAAAUACAGUUCAACCCUGGAGACAUUGCUGUUCACACAGGAUCUGGAUCACCAUAUUCUUGAAGUAUUCCAACAAUUUGUAUCUUUGAGAUCCUAAUUAUUUAUUUUCUUAAGCUAGGUAAAUAGUGUAGCAGUGUUUUAUAUGAAAAUGUUUUUAUUUCAUAGACUUCUAUAUGAAAGUUUGAAUAUUGAUAAUAGAUCAGAAUAAUUGAA